AUGACAUGUGAUAGACGAUAUACUUUUUCUGCAUCAGCAAAUACAUAUACAGUUCCAGACAACCAUGGUCGAGCUCGACUAUUUUCUUCACCUGACAAACAAGAUCUUGAAACAAUCUAUGAGAAUGAAGCCAAUUCUACAGGUGGUGAUACAAAUAAAUCACAAUCAUCAAAUAAAACAAAUGCUGAUAUAGCAUCAAAACGAACACGUAUACAAGCCGUAUUUUUAUCACGUACUAAUACCAAUGAAAAAAGUCCGAAUACAGUUUUAACAAAUUCAGUUGGAGUAUUUUCUCACACAACAAAUAAUACAUCUGGUCCCGGUGGUGGUAGUGCUAAUAAUGAAAUAAAUGAUGGUUCUACACAACCGGAUGUUGUAGCAGCUCUUGCUCAACAUGCAAGUGCAGCAUUACCUGUUGCUUCAUUAGACUUACCAUCUGGGAAAUCUCAAUUAAUAACUACAAAUUCAACAACUUCAUCGUCAUCAACAAAACAAGCUCAUAGUCAACGUGCUCGUUCACAAUCGAAAACUGAUACACAAUCAGUAACUGAUAAAUCACUUUUCUCAAGAAUAUUUUCGAAGAAAUCUAAAAAGCCUUUGGGAUCAUUGAUAACAACAACAACAAAAUCAAUUGAUUUAGAUACAACAAAAACUCGACCAAAAACUUUUAAUAAAUCAUUACAAAUACGUACUCAACGAUCAAUAAUUAACGAACAAGAUGAAUAUGGUUAUAGUAAUGAUGAUCAACUACGUGAUUCAAAUGUAUCAACCGGUUCUUUGUCAGAUACUGAUCAAUUUGAUGAUGAAAUAAGUCCUAAUCGUAGUUAUAAUACAACUCGAGCUGGAAGUCGAACGAAUAGUGGUACUGGAAAAAAGUCAAAUGUUGGUGGAAAUUCUAUGUUAAUACCAACAUCAGAUUCACAAUAUUAUGCAUCAAUGUCAUCAGCACCGGCUGGUUUUUCAAUCUCUUAUCAUAAACGUAUGGGAAAAGGUAAUGAUGAUCUUCGAAUACAAGCCGCACUUAGUCGACUUCAACAACAACAACAAAAUAAAAAAGGAGUUGAUGGAGGUACAAAUCAACUGAUGUCCCUUUUUCAAGAUCCUAAAAGAAAUGCCACACAAAGUCCAACACCUAUGCCGGGUACAACACGAGUAAAAACAUUUUCUGGUCAAACAAUUAUUACUCGUAAUAGUUCAUCAUCAGAUCGACCAUCAGCAUAUGUUUUUCGUCCAUCAUCUAUUUCGCCUACUCAUGAUGCUGAUGAAACAUUUGUAAGUGAUGAAGAAAUUUAUACACAUUUUAUGAAAUGUCAUACAUGUUAUGAUAUAAUGCCAAAGAGUUCGAAACUCGUCGUAUUUGAUACUCAAUUAGGUGUAAAAAAAGCUUUUUUUGCACUUGUUUAUAAUGGUGUUCGUGCUGCACCAUUAUGGGAUACAAAACGACAAAAAUUUAUUGGAAUAUUAACUAUUACAGAUUUUAUUCUUAUGUUAGAACAAUAUUAUAAAGAACCACAUGCUAAAAUCGAUGAAUUAGAAGAACAUAUUAUUGAAACAUGGAGAGAUGUUUUACGAGAAUAUGAAAAACCAUUAUUAUCUAUUAGACCAAAUCAAAGUUUAUAUGAAGCUGUUAGUAUUCUAUUAGAUAAUCAUGUUCAUCGAUUACCUAUCAUUGAUCCGGCAACAAAUAAUGUUGUAUUUAUUUUAACACAUAAAAGAAUCUUAAGAUUUUUUUAUUUAUAUAUAUAUGAUUGGCCCCAACCCUCAUUUAUGUCUAAGACAUUAGAAGAAUUAAAUAUCGGAACUUAUGAUAAUUUACAUAUUAUUGAAGAAAAUUCAACAGUUAUUGAAGCUCUAAGUUAUUUUGUUAAACAUCGUGUAUCGGCAUUACCUGUUGUUGAUAAAAAUAAAAAAUUAGUCAAUAUUUAUUCGAAAUUUGAUAUUAUUGGUUUAGUACCAGAUAAAAGUUAUCGAAAUUUAAAUAUGACAAUAAAUGAAGCAUUAAUCUAUCGAAAAGAACGUUUUGAAGCUGUAGCUAAAUGUUAUAAACAUGAAUUAUUAUCAAUAUGUAUAGAACGUAUUAUUAGAGCUGAAGUACAUCGUUUAGUUAUUGUUGAUAAUGAUGAAUAUGUUAUUGGUAUACUUUCAUUGUCUGAUUUACUUGAUUUUCUUAUUUUACGUCCAACAAAAUCUAAAUCUACUGAAGAAGUAUCCUAA